UACAGUAAAAAGUAAAAAAUGAAAAUGAAGUUCACAUGAAAGAUUCAUGAUCGCUACCCUGAGUACGGAUGUGUUGUUUCGACGAUUACGACAAUUGGAAUGGAACUUGUGUCGCUGUGUGCAUAAAAGUGUCUAGCGAUAUUGUAACUGAGGCGUAUUUUCGUUAUCCAACCACGAUCAACCAGAAGCGACCGCAGUCAUUUUUGUUAGUGGUUGUGACGUCACCGAUGCUAACACGUUAGUUUGGUAGGACUCAAACAUUCAACCAAACCCAAGAGGUUUGCGUGGUUGAGGAAGGAGAAUCUCACUUUAAAGUUUGUCUGGUUUGGCAAAUGCAGUGAUGGAAAACAUAACCCUGAACCUUGAUCAGCAUAUGCUGUGUCUGGACGAUGCUGGCAAUAUCGAGAUUUCAGAAGAUCCAGAAAACCUGGGGCUUUUAGUGUUUGAUAAACUAAGCAAUUCUGUUUUUGUCGUCCCAGACAAUAGAAAAAUACGCCAAUUUCUGCCGCAUAUGCGCUUUAUAGAGGAAUCUUCUGAUCAACUUAUCAAACCACAAGUGUGCCUUGCCGAUCAAGUCGAUAAUGUCACUGCACAUGAGUGAAAAACUCAGGUAAACCUCAGGUAAACCGUGAUACAGAGGCAGCUAAUGAUCUUAUUACAUUGGUGGGAAAUGAUCAUUUUAAGUCCUUAUUGAAAGAUAAAACCAGCAUAAAGAAGAAUGUUUGGAGACAAAUUGCAAAAGAAAUGAUGACUCUGGGCUAUAAUUUUGGUAAUCGAGAUCCUGGUACAGUUUGUUCUCAAAAGUGGAGGAACAUGCAAGGAAGAACUAUAACAUUCAUUCAGAAUGGAGGGCCCAAGAGCACUGGAUCAGGGAAGCUGAAGAAGCCUGCAUUUUACGAUGAAGUGAGAGAUGUCAUUAAGGAUUCUGCUAAGGCGAUCCCAGUUAAUUGUAUGGACACAAUGUCAAACUUGUCUGAUCAGGCCUCACCAUCAUCAAAAGCAAGUAGUUCUUCAGGAAAUAAUGACAGUACAUAUCCUCAAAAAUCCUGCCAAAGCAGCGUUAGGGAUUCUGAAGGGCCUCUGUCUGAUAACGAAGCAAAAUUAGCCUUCAACAAGGAAAAUGUGAACCCUUUUCUGAAAGUGCAAAGAACAACUAAGGCCAAGAAACAAAAAGUUGAGAGCAGUGCCAUAUUAAAUUUUUUAAAACAGGAUGCAGGAGAAAGAAAAGUACAGAAUGAAAAUGUUAUGAAGUUUCUUGCUCAAAAAAUGGAACAAGAAAAAGAAUCAAAAAGACAAAUGUUAGAAAUCCUUUCUAAACUGCUUGAUAAGUAAUGGAAAUGACUUCUAGAUCUAUUGUCUUAAAGUGUUUAAUAUAUUAAUAUAUUAAACACUUGAAGACAAUGGAUCUAGAAGUCAUUACCAUUAUAGAAUUCUAUAUUUAUACAAGAUACACAUCCAAUUUCUCAUAUUCGAUAUCCAAUAAGAAAGAUUGUUUUAUAUAAAACAUACAUUUUUAUUGAAUAUCGGACAUCGUACAUCAGAAAUAGGACGCAAUGUAAAUCUUGUAUCAUAUAUAUUCUCCCUAAUGUGUGAUUCAUUUUUAACCAUCCAAAGAUCAAUUAUUAAAAAAAUGUAUUAAUGAUAAAGCAAUGAUUCUAUUAUGUUGAAUGCUGCCAAAGAAAUAUUUACUUUUUGUAGUUAGUGUCGUUGCUU